UCCACGCCUCUCAAUUCACUCACUUUUACUCUCUCUCUCUCCAUCCAAUUAUAUUCUUCUUAAUGUAAAUCAAACCCUUUUUUCAAUUUUCAACUCCUCAAAAGCCUCCUGCGUUGUACGACUAGCUACUUCCGAAGCAGCUAAAGGAAUAUCCUCUUCGAUUCCAAUCUCUCUCUCUCUCUCCCCCACCUAUUUUCUUUUUAUAUGUAAUUUUGAAUUCCUUCCUGUAAUCCAGUGUCUCUCUUGAUUCUUCUUCCUCCUUCCACAAAUCUCCAUUCUUUUCUUCUUCCGUUAAAUUUUGAAUUGAUAUGAAAGUUGAGGAACUCCAGGUUCAGCUUAACCACAAUCAUCAUCUUCAGCAUCAGCAGCAGAAACAGAACAAGCAGAACGAGACCGCCCAGAUGUGUAGGAAGAUCCAAUUGGGUGUUGCCGACCACCUCUCUUCGCCCAUCCCCUCCGACGCCGCCGAUGACUGUGACAACAUAGACGACGGCGAAGAAUUCUUUGUUCCUCCUCUCAAUUUCGCUAUGGUGGAUAACGGCAUUUUCAGGUCUGGCUUCCCUGAGCCCGCCAAUUUCUCCUUCCUGCAAACCCUCGGCCUUCGCUCCAUCAUAUAUCUAUGUCCUGAGCCGUACCCGGAGACUAACAUGGAGUUCCUGAAAUCAAGUGGGAUUAAGCUUUAUCAAUUUGGGAUCGAAGGUCGUAAGGAGCCUUUUGUGAACAUCCCAGAGGACACAAUCCGUGAAGCACUGAAAGUUGUCCUUGAUGUCAAAAACCAUCCAGUUUUAAUUCACUGUAAGCGGGGAAAGCACCGAACAGGUUGUCUUGUAGGAUGCUUGAGAAAGCUGCAAAAGUGGUGCCUAACAUCAGUGUUUGAUGAAUACCAGAGAUUUGCAGCUGCCAAGGCGAGAGUUUCGGACCAGAGAUUCAUCGAGUUGUUUGACAUUUCGAGCCUGAAGCAUUUGCCCACGUCAUUCUCUUGUUCAAAGAGGUGACGAACACAAACCCAGAGACAUGUUUGGCUUCCUUCUUUUUCCUUGGGGAAGUGAAUCCCAUGUCCUGCUCUUUUAAAUAAUAAGUAGGAUAAGGUGAUGAGUUCCUUCAUUGCAUCUCAGCGGAAAAGGAAUAAUUCUUCUUCUCCAAUUUUUAUAAUAAGAGAAAUGCAGAAAUAGUAGUGUAGCACAUUGAUUGCCCCAUCGUCAUCAGUGUGAGUCUCGUUGUAAUUUUGGUUAGUCCUGGCUUCGAUUGGGAUUUGAACUCGGAUCUUUUAGUUCUGGAGACAAUUCCAAUACAUUGGAGCCGAAGUUGUUAUCAGCCUCCAGCAUUUUUCAAUUUGUCUUUCUUUUUCAUUGCUGCUCCUAUUCAUCAGGAAUGAGUGUAGAUAUGCCUUGACUUUUUUCUCGAGAAAAUUCAAGAAGUCUACCCAGAAAAAUCUUGGUGGGUAGUUGAACAGAGAAACUGCUAUAUUUGAUUCGCUAGUAAUAUUGAUGAUUAUAAUGUUUUGAGGCCCUUGCCGAGUGAA